UGUUGAUGCCAAUUAGCAGUAACCUUAUUGGACCCUUUUUCUCCAACCCCCUCCCCACACUCUUCUUCCUCAUUCCGGUGAAGCACUAAGAUAGACGGAUUCUCCCUCCCAACUACGUGUACUGCCCCUCUCUCCCUUGUCCAAACUCCCGAGGUUCAGUCCAGAAUGCUAGUCUGAUCAAUUAGCCUCUGUAUUAGCCUCUGUAUUGACGAUUAUUAUCGCUCUCCCUUGCGCAAUUUCCUAUCCGUUCUUCACCACCACCACACCACACCACAAACAGCAUGUCGCUAUCUCUAUCGCGGUCCCUGCACAGGGCCCUUCUGAGGAGAUCUUAUGGCACAGUCCAAGCUCCUCCCAGUGCUGCAUCACUUACAGCCAACCGCAUUGCUCCCGCCCUCCAAGAAGCAACCGCCGCCACGGCCCCGCGCACCAACUGGUCUCGGGAAGAGGUCCAACAGAUUUAUGAGACUCCUCUGAGCCAAUUGACUUAUGCUGCGGCCGCCGUCCACCGCCGCUUCCAUGACCCCGCCGCCAUCCAGAUGUGUACGCUGAUGAACAUCAAGACCGGCGGCUGCAGCGAAGACUGCUCGUACUGCGCGCAGUCCUCCCGGUACAGCACCGGCCUCAAAGCCACCAAGAUGAGCCCCGUCGACGAAGUGCUCAAGGCUGCCCGCAUCGCCAAGGACAACGGCAGCACCCGGUUCUGCAUGGGCGCCGCCUGGCGCGACAUGCGCGGCCGCAAGACAAGCCUCAAAAACAUCAAGGAGAUGGUCUCGGGCGUGCGCGCCAUGGGUAUGGAGGUCUGCGUGACCCUGGGCAUGAUCGACGAGAACCAGGCCAAGGAGCUCAAGGACGCCGGCCUGACCGCCUACAACCACAACCUCGACACCUCGCGCGAGUUCUACCCGUCCAUCAUCACCACCCGCUCCUACGACGAGCGCCUGCAGACCCUGUCGCACGUCCGCGACGCCGGCAUCAACGUCUGCUCCGGCGGCAUCCUGGGCCUCGGCGAGGCCGACUCCGACCGCAUCGGCCUCAUCCACACCGUCGCCAACCUUCCCUCUCACCCCGAAUCGUUCCCCGUCAACGCCCUCGUUCCCAUCAAGGGCACCCCGCUCGGCGACCGCAAGAUGAUCCCCUUCGACAAGCUGCUGCGCACCAUUGCCACCGCUCGUAUCGUCCUGCCGGCCACCAUUGUCCGUCUCGCCGCGGGCCGCAUCUCGCUGUCGGAGGAACAGCAGGUCGCCUGCUUCAUGGCCGGUGCCAACGCCGUCUUCACCGGCGAGAAGAUGUUGACGACGGAUUGCAAUGGCUGGGAUGAGGACCGCGAGAUGUUUGAGCGCUGGGGUUUCUAUCCCAUGCGGAGCUUUGAGAAGGAGGGCUCCACGCAACCUGCCGUUGAGGCGCCCCUGCCCCUGCUGCCCACGAUAGUGUAUCCGCUGCGCCGGCCGCAGCUAGCUCGUAGACCUAGUAUCAUAUAUAUACAUACAUAUGAAUGA